AGGCGAUUCGUGUUUUUCGGCCGUAGUGCGCUAUCUUUUGCGUAAUCGAUGCGGAUUUCUCAUCGCGGAUUAUAAAUUAGAAAAAGGAAGGAAGGAUAUAGUGCUUGUGUAUCCCGGACGGAUUCCAUUUGUUCCGUGUUGUUGUAAUCUGUAAAGAGUAGCCAAUAUGGGAAACGUGCUCGCCGCUUCAAAACCGAUCGCUGCCGGUGGCCUUCCACCUCCCUUACCAGCGGAACCAAUCCCUGCCAGUCCGGAACCGGAGAAGCCUCUGGAGAACCCCGGAUCGAUGGAGGAAUUGCAUAAAAAGUGCAAAGAUGUCAUGCCGGCCAAUUUCGAGGGCGCGAAGCUAAUGAUCAACAAAGGGCUCAGCAAUCACUUCCAAGUGUCCCAUACGAUUAACCUCAACUCGUCCAACACGAGCGGAUAUCGAUUCGGGGCCACCUAUGUGGGCACAAAGCAAAUGUCCCCCUCGGAGGCCUUCCCGGUCAUAUUGGGAGACAUUGACCCGGCUGGGAACCUAAAUGCGAACAUCAUCCACCAGCUGACGCCGAAUGUCCGGUGCAAAUUCGCAUCGCAGAUCCAGAACCAGAAAGUAACUGCCGCACAGCUGACCACGGACUACAAGGGGCAGGAUUUCACCGCCUCGCUGACCGUGGGCAAUCCCAAUAUCCUGAACAACUCCGGCGUGAUGGUGGCACAUUACUUGCAAGCGGUAAGUAGAGUUAGAUAGAUAGUAAAGUAUGUG